GGAAGGAGGAGACCGUCCGCGCGGCCCGCCGCCUCCGGCUGCCCCGCAACCACGCGCCUGCUGCCGGGACCUCCUGGGCCGACGCCACCUCCGGGAGGAGACCGCCCUGCGACCCUGCGACCCGUCGGGACCCGCGGCGCCAGCUUCGCGGGCAGGAGGACGACGGAGGCUGAGCGCGCGCCCACCGAGGAGCUCCGCAGGCAGGGCGGGCGCGGGCCCCCUGGGCAGGAAGGGGUGAAAGGGAGCCCCGGCUUCCAACACCGUCUCCACUCUCCGCGGAGCCUUCGGAUCCCGCGCGCCGGGCCCUCCCCCGCCGCGGGCAGGCUCAACCCCGAGCGGCCGCGCCCGGCCCUGGCCCGGCCCGCAUCCUCCUCCCACGUCGCCUCCCGGCUGGCACUGCCCUCUCCGCUCGGACCCGGGCGGGUGCUGCGCGCUCUUGGCACCACCCCAGGCGUCAAGUGUCCGGAGGACAAGUCCCCGGGCCAGACGGCGUCAUGGAGCCCCGGGGGGCGCAGCUGCCACGUUUGGAGGCGCGGGGACCUGCGCGCUUUGAAGACACCCCGCCUGCCCAGGAGCCGCCCGCCCCGGGGGUCCUGUGGCCCGCGGGCGGCGGGGACGGCAGCGGCACGUCGGUGGCCCCGAGCCCCGACGCCGAGUCCCGGUCCCCGCAGGAAGAGGCCGCCGCCCAGGAGCAGGAGGGGCUGCUGGAAAGCCGCCGCCGUCGCGGCCGCGCGCGCUCCCUCUCCCUGCCCACCGAGCCGAUGCUGCAGGCGGCCAAGGUCCUGCAGCGGCAUCAGCCGCCCGCCCCGGGGCCGGGCGCGGCGGGCGGCGAGAGGGCCGCGGACGCGCCGCACAGCCCCGGCGGCUGCUGCGCCAGGUGCACGAAGCGGGUGCAGUUCGCGGACGCGCUGGGGCUCCGCCUGGCCAGCGUGAAGCACUUCAGCGAGGCCGAGGAGCCGCAGGUGCCGCCCGCCGUGCUCUCCCGCCUGCGCAGCUUCCCCGCGCGCGCCGAGGACCUGGAGCAGCUCCCGGGCGCGGCGGCCGCGCCCCCCCGCGCCCCUCCCCGGCUGCGGCCUCUCUUCGAGCUCCCGGGGCCGAGCGCCGCGGCCGAGCGCCUGCGGCGGCAGCGCGUGUGCCUGGAGCGCGUGCAGUGCUCGGCGCCCUGGGGCACGGAGGUGACCGGCUCCGGCCGGGUGCUGGGGUGCCCGGGGCCGCGCGCCGUGGCCGUGCGCUACACCUUCACCGAGUGGCGCUCCUUCCUGGACGUGCCGGCCGAGCUGCGGCCCGAGCCGGGGAGGCCUCCGCCGCCGGAGGCGCCGUCGGGGGAGCCCGGAGACGCGGAGGAGGAGGAGGCCGGGGACGCCGCGGAGGGGCCGGGCGCCGAGCGCUUCCACUUCGCGCUGUGCCUGCCCCCGGGCCUGCAGCCAAAGGAGGGGGAGGACGCGGACGCGCCGGGCGUCGCCGUGCACUUCGCCGUCCGCUACCGCUGCGCCCAGGGCGAGUACUGGGACAACAACGCGGGCGCCAACUACACGCUGCGCUACGCGCGCCCGGCCGACGCGCUCUGAGCCCGCGGCGCUCGGCCCCGCGGCGCUCGCUCGCAGGGACCCCGGCAAGGGGACGACGGCGCGCGGAGCCCGGGCAGCUGCGACGCUUUGCUGAGCACCAGCCCCCUGGAGAGAGGGAGCCGCUCACCCCGAGCUCGCACCCCACACGGACCCCGCCAGCAAGCACCGGGCUCGGGCCAAGCGCCCUGCCUUCCCAGCGGCUUUCCCGUCCCUUUUGGCCUCUGGAAAUCUCGCCCCGCGUCGAGUGGGAAGACAGCCUCAAGAUUCCGAGCAGUGCUUUCUCCACCAAAAAGACUCCGGAGCGAGGCUGCAAACCCUUGGGAUUUGUUUUUAACUGUGCACGUCCCCUCGGGUCUCAGGGAGAGGUCGAAGCAUCCUGCCGCCUCGCGCCGAGGGACGGUGUGGAGCCUUCGAGCCUUCGCACCGCGGCCUGUUUCUCAAGAAACCCACGUGGGGCCUUGGCUGGUCUGUCCUUUUCUCUUAACUGGGAUCUGGGAAAUGUUUGCCGGCACUCGCGCGCUUGCGUACAAAUGUCCUGUUGAAAAUGGAAGGCCACGGGCACGUCUGUCACUUGAUAUUUCAGCUCCUGGCAGUUGGGGAGGCCUUGGCAGUGGGGCCAUCUUCUUCAGCGAAUGCUGCAGCACUUUAAUACAGUCAAACAACAGUAUUUUCAAAUUUCCCUUCUUCAACCCGCCUCUCUGAGGUGGAAAGGCCCAGAUUUCCCAUAAUGGGCUAGAGUCUUCUUAAAAAUAUUUUGUAGAAGUCGUUCUUUCCCCGGGCAAAAUAAGAUGCUUGGUGAGUUGAAAUGCCAGAGUAAUUGGCUGUGAGCCUGCAACACCGGGCCCUCGCCUCCAGCCCCGUUGUGCAGGCAGAGCACAUCGAAGCUGCUAGACUCCUGGGCCAUUCAUUAGCAGUCAGAGAAGCUGGACUCUCGGUGGCUGGACUCCAAGCCGGGAGUUGAGGGAUGGAAAGCUGGCUUUCUGUCCCUCUUGGCGCCACAGCGGGGAGUGGUGACUUAAAUGAUGAAGCCUGCCCAGCAAGAAAAUCCUGCUCGGUACCCGGUGGGCACCCUGCACAGGCCAGGACCGUGGGCACCAGUCUGCUUGGCCUUCUUCAUUCACUGCUGAAGGCCAUGGUUGCCACGAUAGGUGGCCAGGCGCGACCAGCGCAGGUGAGCCUCCUGACGACUUGACUCCUUCACACCCUGCUCCUGCCUUGGUAGUUUUUCUUUGGUUUUCAUAUGUUCGAGCACAUGGUAGUACAUAUGAGCUGUUCAUUUGUGAUGCUGAUCUCUAAGGAGGGAUGAUUUCACUGCUGCUUUAUGAGAACCAGGGCAGGCAUCCUACAGCCCACGGGCCAAGUUCAGUCUGAAGACUGUUGUGGGGCCUGAGAGUGAAGAAUGUGUUUUACAUUUUUAAAUAGUUGGAAAAAUUCAAAAGAAGAAUACUAUUUUUGUGGUACAUGAGAAGUGUAUGAAAUUCAAAUUUCAGUGUCCAUAAAUAAAGUUUUAUAGGAACACAGCCACGCACAUUCAUUUACAUGUUAUCCAUGACUGCUUUCCUGCUACAAGAGCAGAGAUGAGUAGAUGCAACAGAGACCGUAUGGCGAACUCUAAAAUAUUUACUGUCUGGCCCGUUAUAGAAAGUCUGCCAAAACCCUGCUCUAGAGAAGUACUAUUUUUUAAAACUAUAUGUUGAGAGUUAUAUUUAAUAAAGCAGUUAAACAUUUAGUAAAACUGUCACUUGAAAUAAACCUCCUUUGGGUAAAGGUAAAACUGGUUACAUUACUCUCAGUAAAUCUUAGUUGCUUAUAAUAAAUACUAAGACACUAAAUGUACAAUUAUUACUGCACUGGGGAGGGGAAUCUAUCUGCUUCUUACUUCUAAGAAAUAACAGAAAGUCAAGGCAGCUGUAUAGCACCUAUCUGAAUUAACAUCAAGCUACAGAAAACUGCCAGAUAUUUCUGUGCCUCAAGAUGGGAUGUCUCAAGCUGUAGAAAUAUUUAGUUUGAACUCUGGUUUGUAGACAUCCUUUUUGACUAUAGCAGUGUUUGCCAAAGAUAAUUGAUCAUGGAAAAAAUUUAAAUACUGAUUUAGGAGUGGAAAGCCAUCAGGAGUUAAUGAGUUACAAUUUACACUUGGAGUAAAGCAGA